AUGACAAUGAGGAAGGUUAAAGAAAUGCAGCAACGUACAUCGGUUAUAAUCAUGCUAAAUAUAUUUCUUUCAGAGGAAUGUAAACAUCAUUUGAAGUUUAAAGAGGUGAUCAUUGGUAAACGUCUGAUGAACCACGUGAUUCGCAAAGCUGACAUCAUGGAUCGUGAAUUUUGUGGUGUGCUAUGCUUCAUGGAGCACCAUUGUGUCAGUUAUAAUUUGAUGAAAAUAAGUGAAAAUGGAAAACACCAUUGCGAAUUGAAUAACGCUACCUACGAAGAGCACGAGGAAGUCCUGGAGAAAAACUCAAAUUAUGAAUACCGUGGAGCAAAAGGUGGUGGCGGUGGUGGCGGUGGUGGUGAAUAUGGAAUGGGAUCUUGUGGUGGAGGUGGAUGGACUCUGGUUAUGAAAAUUGAUGGAACAAAGCAAACGUUCCACUACAAUUCCAAUCUCUGGAGCAACAAAGAAGCAUUCAAUAUCGUGGGAGGGGAGACCGGGUUUGACACCCUUGAGACCAAGCUACCGACAUAUUGGAACACACCCUUUCUCAAAAUCUGUCUCGGUAUGAAGAUUCCAGGCGAGGAGACCACGAAUUUUAUCACCAUAAACAAGACCGCUGAUUCCCUGCACUCCUUGAUUGCUGACGGGCAAUUCCGAGCCACAUCACUGGGUCGUGACACGUGGAAAACGCUCUUUGGUUCCCAAGGCUCCUUGCAGGACAACUGUAACAGAGAAGGGUUCAAUGCAGAUGACGACGGACUGAACAGAGCCAAAGCAAGAAUCGGUAUCAUUGGAAACAACGAAAACCACUGCAAUACUUGUGAUUCCAGAAUCGGGUUUGGAACAGGAGGACGUCAUGACGACUCCAACACUUGUGGAAUUGAAGCAGUCGCUGCACCAGAUAAUGGAAUCAAGCACAUCAAAGCCAUGGGAUAUAUCUUAAUUCAGUGACCUCGCAUGCUAAUUAUAAAAUAACGAAUGAUGGUCCAACUAGGAAAAUGC